UCUUUGGUGCUUUUGAUUUUCUUACUGAACUGUGUACCUGCUUAUUUUUCUUCAACUACAGAACAUUAUACUGCACUGUGUUGUUGUUUACACUCUAUAAAAACGUUGAUCUCGAGAAUAUUAAAAAUAUUAACGUGAAAUUAAGCUGGAUGUAUCUUUCUAGGCUUUAUAUUUCACACCUUACUUCUAUAAGGAUGGAAUAAAGACUCUUAUGAAAGAGGCUUUAGUGUCUGCAUAUUAUGCACUCCGCAGAGAAGUGAGAGAAGGCUAGAAAGAAACACUUGCGGAGAAAAUUGAUGAGAAGAACGAUGAACUUUUGCCUGAUGAUAUCAGCAGUGCAUAUGCAUGGUUGAAAAGUCAUCUGGAACCGUGGUGUGAGGUUGUUAACAAAUGGUUGUUUACUGCUAACCAUAGAUUAGCUAAAUAUAGAGCGGACGAUGAAACUGUGCAAACCUACACUGAGAAUUUUAGAAUAUUGAGACAACUUUUAAGGUAUACCUUAGUAACUUUUACACUGUGAAUUAUUUUUAUGGGAACUUAAUUUUUAACAGGCUAUAGGCUAUAUAAGGCUCAUGUUAUUGCAGUGUUCAUGCAGUAUUGAUAGUACAGUAAAAUUUUAUUGUUUUCUGUCCUUUCAGUUUGAGAAAGACUUUGAUUUUCUUUAUCCUGGAACGCAGGACUUAAGUAGCAAUCCAAAAUUGAAAUUUUUUCUUCAAGCUGCUUAUUAUGAAUUUUUAAAAAUGAAGCCAAGGCCCAAGGAACUUAUAGAUGUUCUUGAGAAACUAAAAUCAAGAAGCUAACGGAGAAAGUUUGAAUCCACUGUACAUACUUAUGAAUUUGUGCUAUCUUGCUCCUAUUCAAACUGUUCUGAAAAAGAAAGCUAACGCUCCAGGUUGGAGACCCAGUCGACAGGAAAUUCAGGACGGUUUUAUAACACUUAUUCCUGAUGUCUCCAAACUAGAAGAAACAAUAAAUAGCCGGAACACCAAAUUCCAGGAACGUAAAAUAAUUAGACAACCCUUUGUCAUUAUUGUUGGGGCUGACAUUGAUUCCAUUCUUCAUUCUUAUGUAUCUGUGAAUGAUAUUCUUUACAAAUUUGAAUCUCCGCUUCGCGCACUUGAAGUAAGCUUCAAGAUUUUCUUUGUAUUGAAUGCUGACUACUCAAUUGACAGCCAUCCCCUCUGGCUGCUUUUGCAGAAGGCUGUCUACGGCAUCAAUACUAAACACGACAGAGCAGUUUCAACAAUGGCUACACAAACUCUUCUCGACCGAUUUGGUUUAACUUUGUGACUUUUUGAUAUUUGUUGUUUUAGUUUUUGUUCCUAUUUAUUUCCU